AUGCAUAAGGUGUAUGGUCCUCAUUGUGCUGUGAAUGACAAUAUGGUUUCAGCAAGUCAAAUAGAUGUGAUUUGUGAAAGUGACGAUGACGAAGAACAACAAGAGUUUGGAGAAGAAGGUGGUAAUAAUGAAGAAGCACAUAUUUAUGGUAUAACAGAAUCAGCACCACAUCAAUCAAUGGGGAAUCAGCCAUCAGUGUUGAUUGAGAUACCUAAACAUAAACGACGAUCUAGGCAACAUGGUAAUAGAGGUGGUAGAACUAUUAGUAGGGGACGAAACCAAUCUAGCCGCCAGAUAACACAAACCCCACAAAGAAGAGCUGUUAUGGACACGCACCUAACUAACAUUGACUCGUAUCUUGCAACUAUGCAAACGCCAAUCCAGAUGCUCAAUGCACGUAGCUGA